UGUUUAGUCAGAGUUGAAACACUGGGAUAUAAUUAUUUAUUUUUAAUUUUUAAACGAGAGGCCGAAAAUGCUGGGGAAACGCCGCGGGUUGUAUAUGCUGUUCUUGUGGUGCCUCGUGGCUGGAGUUUGCUUGCCUCAAUCCUCAACAAAUGCUGCAUCAACUAAACGUAGGAAAACCAACCGUAAAAGAAAGACGAGACCAUCCUCCCGUUUCGAAGACAUAAUUCCUUCAGUAGCGCCCUCGGAGCAAGAAAGGCAACUUCUGCCUCCUCAAGAUGCUUACGAAGAUAUGGUGGAUCGUCCUUACCCAAAGCGGUUACCAGUCGCUGGACUGACAAAGUGCGGACGUCGACCAACGAAUCCCUACCGUCGGUUUCGACGAGUGGUCGGCGGGCUGAGUGCCGGGACACGCUGGCCGUGGCAAGCUCAGAUCAUUCGAGUGAACGCUCUGAAAGCAGAGACGCAUCACUGCGGAGGCACGCUUAUUGAUAACAUGCAUGUACUGACGGCAGCACACUGCUUUGAUGGGUACCAUAAAGACGACUUCACCAUUCGUCUAGGUCAACAUGAUCGCUCCACGGCCGAGGCCCCAGAGCAAGACUUCGCCAUUGGUUGUCUGGACAUCCACCCUCAUUAUCGCCCUCUACAAGCAGGGAAUGGCUACGCAAACGACAUCGCGCUCAUUACACUCCGAGGGAAGGUGAAAGGUCACAAGGGGGCGCUGUUCAACGAUCACGUGUUACCGGCUUGCCUGCCAGAACCCGACGAGUUCAAGAUUGGAUCCAAUUGCUGGGUGACUGGCUGGGGUUAUUCAAAUUUCAGCGACCUUGUCCACAGCUCCUUCCCGAUCAUCUUAAACGAAGCCGCGGUUCCCCUCCAGCCCCAGAAGAUCUGUCGCAAUCUUUACGGCCAACAGAUCUCCAGUAAGACUCUCUGCGCCGGGCAGUUUGGGACUCGAACCCGGGCCGACACCUGUAAAGGGGACAGCGGGGGCCCGUUGGUAUGCGAACGAUACGGUGUGUGGAAAGUCUGGGGCAUCACCUCCUGGGGUAUGGACGCUUUGUGUAACGAGAGUCCGCUAGCUGGAGCGAUCCCGGGAGUUUAUACCAAGGUGGAUAAAUUCUUGAACUGGAUCGAGAGAAGGAAAGAGAGGCGGAGACGGAAGCCGGUCUGCAUCAACUAAAGAUUAUUUACUGAUUAAAUAGCAGUGAGGGCAGUUGGGGGGGGGGGGGGGGGGGUAAUUAAUCAAGCAAUGUACAGCACCUUCAUUCUGGUUGCCUAUUCCGAGGCACCUAGCAAACCGAGAGACAAAAGAGUUUACAGAAUUUCAUGUGGUGAUGAAAAGUGCAAUUGACUUAAAGGCAGUGGACACCAUUGGUAAUGAGUCAAAAUAAUUAUUUUACAGCAUAAAACCUUACUUGGU